AUGGAGGAUGUCCAGGCCGGCCCGCUCGAACGCGAUGACAAGCAGAUUGCGGCGGCAGCAAAGGCUACCAACAGCACCGCGGUGCGUCGGCGCAGGAUGGGCGAAGUGUACCCGAUCAUGAAGAACACAAUCUACUCCGAUGAGGAGUGCGAGGAGGUGGUGGUGCUCACCUCGUGGGACUGCGGCAUGCGGUUCAUCCGCUACAUCAGCGGCCUCUUCCAGUAUUUUGUGCGCAACCCCAAGGCGAUGGGGUUCUUCAUCACCACGGCGAUUAUUCUCCUCUUUUUCAAGUACGCGCAGCAGGUUGUUGUGAAGGCGGUGAACGCCGCCGUGCGCGCGCAUCCCGGGCUAGAGCCGACCGAUACCAUCCGCAGCGCCGUCACGUCCUUCACGGAGGAGCUGCGCGCUCUUGAGCGCGCUGCGCAGACCAUCGGUUGGGCCUACAUGCGAGAUUCGGUGAAAGGGUAUGACAUCGGCACUGCUGCUGGCACCACUUUUUCUUCGCUCGUCAGAAACUUCCAGUUGAGCUUCAUAGCCAACAUGAAGACCUACGUCGUGUACACUUUUCCCGCGGCAGCCUCGACGGCCUUGACGAGUAGGCGCUGGGGUCAGAUCGGUUGUGCCUCCAAUGAAACCAACAGCUCCAUAUGCUUCUACGUGUCCAACGACAGCACGGUGCGGCAGUGGGACACGGUCUCAAACACCGGCGACGGCGGCCCCUUGGUGAGUAGAGCAUACAUCGAGCAGUGCAUGCCUGACCUGCUCUCAGUAGCGACAGCGGCCACCAAGGGAAGCGCUCUGGCCACAUCGGGUGUGUGGACUCGGCCGUACAUGGCAUGCAACAUCUUUCCGCAAAAGACUGUGCGCACGAUCAGCUACCUUCUACCCAUUGCCUUCAAUGCUGAGGGCUACGCGACCGUUAUGGCCGGCAUAGAUGUAAGCUUGGAGCUGUUGAUGGAGAUCGUGAACGCGAUGGCCACACCAAACAUUGAGCUCGUCGUCGUGGACAACCGCCACAACGCCAGCAGAGGCGGGCAGUUCGUGUACGACUCCUUCGACAAGUCGAUCUUUUGGACGACCCCGUACGGUGUGCUCGAUGCCCCGGUCGGUCGCAUCAGGGACUUGGCUGAAUCCGUUUGGAGUGAGCACGGCGGCACCUUGGCGGUAAAUGGGUCCUUCUACCAGAACGGACUCAUCUAUCAGUCGCUCACGAUGAUGUCGCACUGGACCCUGAUUGCCAGCUCACCGCUAGUUCUCUCGGUAGCGGAGGUGGCUGCCACGCUGGGUGUCAUCGUGAAGGAGAGCAAAGGCAUCGCGACUGUCGCGUCAGGUCUCUACCAGGACUGUGAGUCAGCCGCCAAUAUGCAGCAGAACAGCGUAACGGUGGAGGCGCUUGGUGAGAUGGAGCAGGCCUUCGGCACGCACCUACACUCCUUGUACACAUCUUACACCCUUGCUGGCACCACGAAGCAAAGAAGCAGCAGUGCGAGCGCCGUGAGCGAGUCCUCGAAAAACUCCAACGCGGACAGCGAAAGCGUAACCCACGUGUUGCCGUACUCGUCCACGUGGGCACGGUCAUCAGCGGUGUCCUCCGCUGCAAAAGCCACCCUCGCGACUCCUGCGGCGUCGACCAGGAGAGGCGGGAGCGGGAUGGAGAUGCUCGUGCUGCAGGCGGCGACGGGGCGUCUCCCUGUAGACAGCCUUGGUAUUAGUGCCGCCUGGCGCACUAGCAGCGGCGGCUCCGCAGCAAAAGACGAGCGUGUGUGGGGCGUGUGCGGGUGCACCUUCACGUCCGUCACAAACAAGACGUGCUUCUUUACGGACUCGAGCCAGACGGAGAUCCUCUUCGAGGGUUCGGUGUUCAAUGCCUCCGCCAAGGACAAAAUUGAGAUGAGCCCAUCAAGCGCCUCUUUCUAUGGUCUCUUCACAAGUCAGCACAUCGACAGCACCACGACCACUACCGGGUUCUGGACAAAGCCGUACCUCCGCAGCAGCGCCAGCGGAAACGCGUCUGUCGCUGUGAGCUACGUGCACCCCAGCGAGCACGACAGAAACGGCUACGUGAUGCGCGCGACCAUUAUCGAGAUAAACGCAGCGUGGAUGGCGUACACCCUAAAGGCGAAUCAGCAUAACGGGACGACGGCACUGUACCUGAUCGACCGGCGCGGCGCAGGCACUUUCCUGGCAUCCAGCACCGCCGUGCAGGUGACGGAUGCGGUGUACACCGCGCUGAAGACGCCACACCAGGAGUUCAACCGGAUCGCGAGCGCAGUGUACAGCACCGCCGGCAAUACCUGGGAGCGGUCGCUGUCGUUCCACAUGGAGACCACCUUGGUGAACUACCAGGUAGUGGAGGGUCAAUGGGGUAUCGUCGAGGUUAUACCAGGGGAUGUAGCGCUCCAGCGCUACCUACCCACUCCGGCGGUGACCAGCGCCACGGACGCGCUGCGCCUGCUGCCACCCGGGGAGACGGUGCAGCUAUUCCUCUACCUUGGCAGCAUUCUCUUCUUCUUCUUCCUGAACCUGCUUAUUUUGGGGUGCAGCCAUCUGGGUCGACAGUGA